GAGUCUGAUUCUGUCCUUCCUUCACCUGCAGGUCCUUCCCUGAUGGAGCCUGUAGAACCAACGUUACCCACAAUUCAACUGGAAGCUUCAGUUUCCCCUGGACUCACAACUGACAUAGUGAAGAUGCUUCAGUCAGCAGCCAGAGCUCCACCCACCAGCCCCCACCCUCCAUCCACAACCAUGACCUCUGACCCCAGCGCCACCUCAGCUCCCAGCCCCGACCCUCCGGCCACGACCACGCCCUCUGCUGCAGCUGCUGCUUCUUCAGUAUCACAGGGCAGGGGCUCAAACCGUGGUCCCGUAGCCGUCGUGGGUCCUGACAGGAAGUUGAUUCUCCCAGUGAGCAGCUUGUUGCUUGAUGGCCGCGGAAGCACGGAUGACCGCGGGAUCAUCAGUUACCACUGGGACGCCAUCAGCGGUCCUCCGGGAUUAAAGCUGGAGGAUGUGGACCAGGCGGUAGCUACGGCAACAGGUCUACGAGAGGGGCGCUACACCUUCAGGCUGACCGUUUCUGACCAGGAGGGGGCGACAGACAGCGCCUCACUGACUGUCAGGUUCCAGGAAGCCAGAAGUCUUCCUCCGGUCGCUCACGCCAGCGGCAGCCACACCCUGACUCUGCCCAACAACUCGCUGAUCCUCCGAGGCUCCGUCACCGAUGGCGACCAGACCGAGGUCCACUACCUGUGGGUCAGAGACAGCCAGAGUCCUGCUGCUGGGGACGUGUUGUACGGCUCAGAGACUCAGGCCUCGCUUUACCUGGCCAACCUGGUUGAGGGCACCUACCUGUUCCAGCUGAGGGUGACUGACGCCCAGGGGCGCUCCGGCACCGCCACGGCCACCGUGGAGGUCCGACCAGAGCCUGGCGGGGGGGAGGAGGUGGAGCUGGAGAUGCUGGUGUCGGUGUCUCAGGUCAGUUUGGCUCAGAGGGACACGGUGGUCCGGCAACUCGCCGCUCUGCUGCACGUCCUCGACAGCGACAUCAAGGUCCGAGCUCUGCAGGGACACUCACACCUCAGCACGGUGUUGCGGUUUUCGGUGUGGGGCUCCUCGGGGCCCCUCUCUGGCUCCAGGUUAGUCGGUCUGCUGAGGAACCAGCUGCUCAGAGAGAAGAGUGACUACCUGCUGUUCAGAGUCCUCAGAGUGGACACCGUCUUGUGUCUGCUCCGCUGUUCGGGCCGUGGUCAGUGUGACCCGGUCACUAAGGAGUGUACCUGCGACCCCUUCUGGACGGAGAAUCUGAUUCGUCGUUACCUUGGUGAUGGAGAAAGCAACUGUGAGUGGAGGGUGCUGUAUGUCAUCCUGACCAGCUUCGUGCUCAUGGUCCUCAUCCUGUCUGUCAGCUGGACCUUCAUCUGCUGCUGCAAGAGGAGGAGACAGACCAAAGUGAGGAAGAAAACCAAAUACACCAUCCUGGACAACAUGGACGAACAGGAGAGGGUGGAGCUCAGACCCAAAUUCAGUAUCAAACACCGCAGCACGGAGCACAACUCCAGCCUCAUGAUGUCAGAGUCGGAGCUGGACAGCGACCAGGACACCAUCUUCAGCCGGGGCCGACCCGUCCACAGCAGGAACCGGCUCAGCGCCCAGGCCGCCCGCAACGGGAACGCCUUCGGAUGAUGGGAUCGCUGACCUCCCAGUGACGCACAAAGGACGCUUCUGGGAUGUUUGCACUCUGGCAGGCGGAGACGAGGCUGCUUAGAGUUGAAAGACUUCAUUCUUUACCGUGAGGUCAGUAAAAUCAAUCAGUGUCCCAUUUCAGGGUCAGACUCUUUCUGAGGACGUGAGGACUUUUGGCCUCUGCAGAAACAGGAUGCACAGGUGGGAACAUUCAGUUUGGAAAAAUCAUGUGACAUUUGGAGGACGCUUUGGAACGGGAUGAUUCCUGUGACCUGUGCUGAUGCAGACAUCUAAAGACAAAGACUCAUCAGAGCCAGAUGGACAGAGGAGAUGGACAGUGCCAGAGACAGGUCCAGGACGGACAGGUCCAGUCAGCCCAGCUUAGCACAGUCAGAGAAAACAUCCACCUUCAACCAAUUUACAAGCUGAAUCUUGUUAGCAAACAAACUAUUCACCUGUUUAUCAGAGAGCAGGGUUCAGGGGUCAUGACCUAAAGCUAAAUUUAACAUAACUCUAUUUCUAAUUAAUGGCUAAUUCUAUCAUAUAAAUAUAAUAUCAGUGUAAAAGAGCCGUUAGCCGUUAGCUGGUUCUAAUGUCGACUGUUCUGUUUGAAAGUUUCUGCAGCUUAACUUUAAAUCAUGAGCUGAUUAUCUGUUUGAUAAUAUCUCAAACAGCAGCUGUGGAUGAAUGUUAACAGAAUAACUCUUCAUGUCCGCACAGACCACAAUCUUUAUUGGUAAAAUUUCUGAGCAUCUUUCGUUACCUGUCGUACAAAAAUCACCUGGACAGCAUGUUACACAGUUUUUUUAAUUUUCCAUUAAUAUCUACAGAAAUACAAAAAUCUAGAUUUAUAUCAACGUAGACUCAACAAAGUAUAUUACAAUAGAAUUAUAUUAGAAACACAAUCUGCUGUAGAACAGUACUGAACAACAGUGGAUCACCUGGAUGAUCAGAAACUGUAAGAAAUAAAAAAAUCAGUCACAUGGCACUGGACAGUCAGCUCCCUGUGCUUUACCUGGGAUCAAACUGAACAUUAACAUCUACACAGUUUUAUUUAAGCACUAUAUUACAAUAAUUAAUGACAUCUUUUAAUGGAAUUUAUUGGAUGCAUGCAAACAAUCAGUACUGAUCUCUAACAGGUUUACAAGUGUAAACACACUAAGCUAACCCACUGGUUGGUUCUGGGUAAAUGGCACAUGCAUUAGAUUCAUAACAAUGACCUAAUUCUGAUGUUUAAACUUGUUUUUACUCAGUUUGAAUGUGAUUUUAUUUAUUCUGUUCUGUUCACAUGUAUUUUAAUCAUUAGAACAAUAUGUUUUUCCAUAUCAGGCCUCUGACAGAACAUCAGGCUGUUCAAUACAAACAGAAUGAAUUUACAGAAUCUAACAUGAGGUUUUGUGCAUUUGAAUUUAUCACAGUAAAUUUUACAGUUUUUUUAAUGUGCUUCUGCAGUGAAAGAAAUCAAGUUAGAGGUUUCAGUGAGGAUUUUUCUUUUUACCAUGGUGACAGAAUACUACAUGCUGAUUGGCUGAGCUGAUGGAACAUGUCAAAUGACAGUUUGCUAAACUGCUGCUAACGUUAGCGCCGAGGAGCCUGUUACUUUCAGGGAUGUUCAUCAGCAAACUGUUAUUUUGUGGGUUACUACAUGGGACCUGGUCCUGGAUGACACCACUGUCCAUCAGAGUCUGGGUUAAAGUUAGUGGCUCGGUCCUGGUCUUUAAUGAAUUUGAGGAAUUUAAUCAGAGACUUUGCUUAAAUUAUUAUUCUUGAAUCUUUUUGUCUUGUAAAAGUAAAAAAAAAUGUUUGGAAAUGUGAAUAAAGCAUUAACUUGGACUACA